GGAAAAAACCCAGAAAUCAGAGACAAAAUACAAGAGCAGCUAUGGCUAAUAUCAACAGGAACAACAUGUCCAGUCCUAUGGAAGAGGACAGUGAACUUAGGAGAGGGCCGUGGACCCUUGAAGAGGACACUCUACUAACCCAUUACAUUGCUCGUCACGGUGAAGGUCGUUGGAAUAUGUUGGCCAAAUGUGCAGGUCUCAAGAGAACUGGCAAAAGUUGCAGACUAAGGUGGCUGAAUUAUCUAAAACCAGACAUUAAGCGAGGAAACCUGACACCCCAAGAGCAGCUAUUGAUUCUUGAACUUCAUUCCAAGUGGGGGAACAAGUGGUCGAAAAUUGCUCAACAUCUGCCGGGAAGAACCGACAACGAGAUCAAGAACUACUGGAGAACAAGGGUGCAAAAACAGGCACGACAACUCAACAUCGAGUCCAACAGCAAGAGAUUCCUCGACGCGGUUCGGUGUUUUUGGAUGCCGAGAUUGCUUCAAAAAGUCGAGCAGACAUCAUCGUCGUCGUCGACCAAAACCUCGGUUCCCUGUCAAUUAUCCGAUCGCACAGUCCCUUCAUUGCCGACAUUCCCCCCUCUUGCAAACCAAACCCCAGACAGCUCGAUCAUCACAACCGAACAAACCAUUUAUCUGCCGGAUUUCACGAACUUCUCCGACCAAACCGAAAUCCCCCAACACCAAACAACUCCAAACAUCUACAACUACAACAACCAGACACUUGAACAAAGCUAUUACAACAUCGAAAACAGCAGCAGCACUGCUGGUUAUGAGAUGGAGGGCUUGAGCUUUGCAUCUAUGUCAACCAUGGACUCCAUUGAAGGCAAUUGGAUGAUGAGCAAUGAGAUGGCAGAUAAUUUAUGGAACAUGGAUGACAUAUGGCAGUUUAGGGAGUUGGGAGAAAUGGGCAACUAGUAAGGGCUAUAUGCCCUAUUGGAAUGAAUACUUUGAAUGACAAUUCAAGGCAUUAUAGUUAAAUACUGUUCAAUAUGACCCCCGUGCCAUCAUUUAAGGCGAUUAAAGUGACAUAUGUUGAAAUGGAGAG